AAGUAUAAGACGAACUACUCCUGCCUGCAAGACUUUAGCAAUGAGCAUUGAAACUUCACCUUGGUAGUGAUCACAAAAAACGCUUAACGUGUUCCCAGGCAUUUGAUAUCAUUCGAGUCCGAGUUUGGUCGUUAUUUUGCGUUGCGCGUUAAAGAGUGUAGUAACAAUGGAUGGUUAAAUAAUAAGUAAAAACCAUCAAUACUUUCUCUUAUUGAAUAGUCGUACAGUUUUAUGCUUGUAACCAACGGAGAGAGGAGCAAAACAACACAUACAAUCAAGAUGUCGGUAGGUUGGAGCUGCCUGCCGCUGCUGCCUCUGAGCUGCAUCCUGGAGCACCUGAGCCUGGAGGAUGCCCUAGCCGCCAUGUCCACCAGCCGGCACUGGCGCAGUGGCCUGCUCAUGUAUGAAGGACGGAGGAAAUCUCUCAAGCUCAAUGCGAAACAGUUGGACAAAUGCGCAUUCCUAGCGCGAAUAUUCAAGAAACACACAAACGUACUGCAGAUACACGUGGCGGACUGCAGCCGGGCGGAGCUCAUGCAGUUCAUGCACAAAAUUAUGCCACAAUUCUUCGACACACUAAAGCUCCAAGAGAUAGUAUUCAUAGGACCGGGAUGCGUGCAGAUGGCGCAUAGCAACGUCAAACUAGACAGGACCUUAGGUGUGUCGCCCCUUUCUUAUAACUCCUCCCAUUGCCGCAAUGGCCGCUGCCGAUGCCGCUGCGGCACCCAGUAUUUUCGCUCUGCUCUCGUCCUAAAGCCGAUACUGUACUGUAUUCUUAUUUUGAAUAUCGUUUCCCUUUUCAGGAACGCCGGGUACGCCAACGGGGCCGCAGUGGGCGGCAGUGAGUUCGACGCCAGUCACUACGUGCCCGAAGCGCCGGCCGCGUUCACCAACGAUGGUUUCUUGGCUGACAACGGCAAAUCAGGCUCCAUGCCCGACCUGCGGCGGCACCUCGCAUCGCGCCAGUCCUUCAACCAGGGCUACCACAUGCCGCCGCCACCACCAGCCUACUGGCAACACCUCGCCGAACGGCAAUACGCCGCCAGCCUCCGCGGCUACCCGAAGCCAACAGGCUACCCGCAAAUGUACGGGACAUGGGUCGGUCCGCGCUCCGGCCCUUACGACAACCCUUACAAGCGCAGACACUCCAUAGUCGGCGCUUUCGCCGACGAAUACCCGGCUAAAGACUACGAAUACGAAGACAGGGCUGAUUGUAAAAGCGAGAUGGCUUAUCCAUACUACAGGCAACAAUAUUACGACCCUAGAAUGCAUUAUCCCCCUGACUAUGAUCCUAGAUUUUACCCCAGAGACGACGCCUAUGGCGUUAAUUUGCUACGACAUGAUCCGUAUCAUUUUAGCAAUUCAAGAGACAGAGCGUUCUAUGGCCAAGGGUUGAGGAACAGCCAUAAUUCGGUUGGGAACGAGUCGGACGAUUUGGGGAAAUAUAAGGAUGUGGCUCUGUGAUGGUUUAAAUUAAAUAAUAGAUUUUUAAAAAUGGAAAGCGAAUUUCGAACUUUUUUUUCUUAUUUAAAUGAGAUCUUAUUGACAGAUACAUAAUUCGUGUUUGGAUAAUAUAAGUAUUACGAGCGGAAAGAUAUUCCCUUAUGGCAUUAAAAUUAUCUCGCCGAUAUAAAAUUAAGUACUUUAGAAUAUAAUAAAAAAAAUGAUAUUGAUGAUUAUGAAUGUUCAAUAAAUACAAUGAAUAAAAAUGUAUACGUAAACGUAUUUAGCAUUAAGUAUUUGAAAAUAAGUAGAAUAACUUAUUGUAAGAUAAGAUAUUUACCUAUAUAGUAUUUUUGUAAUUAUUUAGUUAAGUAGUUACCUGAUAACCAAAGGUGUACAUAUAGAAAAAUCUAUUUGUAUUAACGGCAAUCUACUUACAUUACUUUAAAAGUUUCGAGUCACUAUGUUAAAAGCGAGGACAUAAUAAAUAAUAUUUUUU